CCUUCAGAGCCGCCUGCCCCGCCUCGCGCAUGCGCCGUGCCGCGGGGCGGUUGGCGGGUAGCGGGCGGGAUGGGGCUGCUGCAGGACUGCCAGGCCGCCUUCGGCGCCGCCGACCUGUACGGCGCGCUGGGCGUCCGCCGGGAGGCUUCGCCUGAGGAGAUCCGCCGCGCCUAUCACCGCGCCUCGCUCCGCGUCCACCCCGACCGGGCCGAGCCCGAAGCUAAGGAGGAGGCGACGCGGCGCUUCCAGAUCCUGGGCAAAGCCUACGCUGUGCUGAGCGAUGCGGAGCAGCGCGCCGUGUACGACGAGCAGGGCACGGUGGAUGAGGAGGGCGAGGCGCUGCGGGCCGAGCGGGACUGGCAGGAAUACUGGAGGCUGCUCUUCAAGAAGAUCACCGUCAAAGAUAUUCAAGACUUUGAGAAGAAUUACAAAGAUUCAGAGCAGGAGCUGGCGGAUAUUAAAUCGGCCUACGUGGAUUUUGAGGGUGACAUGGACAGAAUAAUGGAGUCGGUGCUGUGUGUGGACUACACGGAUGAGCCGAGAGUGAGGAAGAUCAUAGAAAGAGCCAUUGAUGCUGGAGAACUCCCGUCCUACAAAGCUUUUGUGAAGGAGUCCAAGCAGAAAAUGACGGCAAGGAAGAGGCGGGCUGAAAAAGAAGCUAAGGAAGCAGAAGAGAGCAGAAAAGAACUGGGCCUCGGUGAUGGAGAAGAUGACUUGAAAGCGCUGAUUCAAAGCAGAAAUAAAGACCGAAAAAAGCAAAUGGAUGAUUUUUUGGCCCAAAUGGAAGCAAAAUACGGGAGUAAUGCUAAAAAGGGAGGAAAGAAGACUGCAGCCAAGAAAGGAAAGAAAUAAAGGACUGUGUAUGCUGAAGUGUCAGGUAUCAUUUCAGCUGGGAACACGUGGAUUUAGGAGAGUUUCAGAGUGUGUGUGCAUCAACUUGCUGUGACUGAGGAGCAUGGUGCAGAACGCAUCGCAAACAAGAAAGACAAAGCAUUCUAGUGCUACUGUUUAAAAUCCUUUGGGUGCUUUUUAAUUAAGGUCAAACCAAUUGUUGGCUAAUAGUUUUGUUACGGUAAGGAAGCGCUGAGAUGCCUGGGAUGGCUGCCUGUUUAUUCAGCCUGUGCUGAAUCACGUUCAGGACUGUCAGUACUGCUGAUGGUGAAACAACGUGAUUCCGCACCUCUGAGAGUUUUUGCCACUUGUUCCUGUGGCUUUUGAGUUAGAAACCUUAUCCUUUUGUUGUUCACACUUUUCUAACCAAUCUUGUGCAGUUCUUAGAGAUCUCUGCACUACAGCUCCACAGGUGUUUUUCAGAGAUUCCCCAGGUUUUAUAAAUACUUAUGAAAAUAGAAGAUUUAAUAAAUGAUUUUGCAGAACUUUGUGCUAUCUUGCUUUCCCCACACCCUCUAUGUUAUCUAAUCAUUCAAAACACACUGUUCAUGUUGGUACUUAUUUUUAUUGAAGUAAAUACUGCAUACUUUUUUAGCAGCUGAAAAGACAUCUGCACUGGUAAAUGUGCUGGUGUUAUGGAGUUAUAAGAAAGGGCCACUUAUUAUUUAUAAACCAAUCUUUCACAGUGGCAUGUAAGCAGAUGCCUUAAGAAAAUGAGACUGCAGGAAGUAUGUGAGUGACUUGGCAGUAAAUCUAACACCUUCUAACAUGCUGAUGUGAUGCAAUAAACUAAUAAACCCACAAAAUACAGUGGCUUUGUGUGUGUGUCUAGGACUGAUGAUGUCCCAUGAUGAGGACUUCCAAAGCCUAGCAACACACUGUUAUCUCAGUGGCAUCACACUCCUGCUAUAGGAUGAGAGGGAUUACUUCUGACUCCUGCUUUAGUGUGCUCUGUGUUAGUCAUCAGCUCUGUUAUUUCAGAAGUGCUCUUCUAAGAUGUGUAAGUAUACGUAACUUGGGUUUUUUUUAUUAUUAUUUCUGCUCUUUUAAAACUGCUUUAUGUAAUGGUUCAGGGUAUGAAUUUGAAAGGUUACUUGCUGUAGCUGAAAGAAAUGAGGCUGGCUUUAUUUAUGGAUCAUUCUUCAAAGGCCACAUGACAAACACCUACUUUUGAGUUGAAGGUCCCUACCACUUCAGUGAUAGAAUUCAGCUACUAUUUACUAGAGCUUCCUAAAGGGAAGCCAGAGGUAGAAUGGGAAACGAGUUCCCUUUUAGCUGCUUUAAACAGUUAUCCUGAUUCAGAAAGAGUUCAGUAGGUCACUGUGUUGAUUAACACACGGGACUUGAACGUAACUCUUGCUGUACAAAACAGAUAUCGAACAGUAUAGACAAAUCUCUCAACCAUUGGUAUAGAAAUCAAAAGUUACCUUAUGACCAGAUGGCUUUCAUUUCUUUAAUGCCUUGUUUCCUCCCCUAGGCUACAAAAUACUGAGUUAUGGUACUAGAAGUCUGUUCAAGUUUGUGUAGCUUUGUACUCUUAAGCACUAUGUUGGUCCCUGAGGAAUGGCACUGGUUUAAAGAGGAUGCUUAUCUCCAGAGAGCUUGAGACAACUAAAUGAUACACUGCACGGCGUUCUGCUAGUCUUAACCAUUAGAGAAACUGUGUUUUGAAACAGUUUAGUGAUCACUGGCUGCUUUUAGGCAUCCACUUACCUCUAUUCUACCUUACAGAGAUAUUGAUUGAGCCCAAAGCUGCUUUUUCCUCUGGAAAUGCAAAGGAAGGAGUCAACUUUCCAUUUGUAGACUUCUGCUUUGCUUUGUUUUCCAUUCUUUUUGAUCGGAGCAUGCUUGAAUCGCUGCAUGCUUUGAUCAAAAGAAGAACUUCAGUCUGGUUCAAAAAUCAUUAGUUGUUGUGUAGGUACUGCUAACACUUAGUAGAUUGCAUAGCUUACAGUGGAAAGUAGAGGAGCCACUUCAUAAAAAAAA